AUGUUCACCACUUUCUUCGGCCUGCUUAGGCCUUCCAUCUCCAUGCAACUCAUUGACUCUAACACUGGACAGCCUCUAGACUCGAAAGCCAGCAUCGCACCUUCCAUCACCCACACCGACAUCAAGAAAGAUGGCAACGGCAAGAUGGUCAUGGUUCGCCACAAGAGCCAGGCCGGAAGCAUUGUGAGCGGCGGCGGCGACAGAGACGCCGCACCCAAGGGCAACAAGAACAAUAACGGCAAACAGAACGCGAAGAACAACGACACCAAGGCAGCCGAGACCGAUGGCGACGGUGGCAAACCAUGGACUGCGAAGGACGACGCCAGGCUCAAGGCACUCAAGGCCGAGAACAAGACAUGGGCUCAGAUUGCCGAGAUCUUGGGUCGCUCUGGCAAGGAGGAGGUGUCUGCGCGCUUCAAAGAGCUCAACAAGGACGAGCCUGCCGGUGACGGUGGAGACAAGAAAGGCAACGCAGCACCCGCCGCAGCUGAAGCAAGUGGUGGAGGCGACUUCACCGCAGACGUAGACGCGAAGAUCAAGGAAAUGAUAGACUCAAGCACUCCCAACAAGGCCAUCGCAGAAGCGCUCGGUCGGAACCUGGACAAAGCCCUCAAAGCCCACAUUGCUCAGCUCCGAAACGAGGUGAAAGAUGCAUCUGGUGGCAACACCGCUCCAGCAGCAGCAGAGAAGAAGCAGGACAACACUAACAAGGGCAGCAAUGGCAACGACUUCACCGCAGCGGACGACGCAAAGAUCAAGGAGCUUCUAGACGCUGGCAACAAUAAUUUCAAGGAGAUCGCCAAAGCCCUCGGUAAGACGAUGGGUAAAGACUUCGCCGACCACGUCAAGGAACUCAAGAACCAGGGCGGAGGAGGCCAAGACGCUGCUGCCGCUGAGAAGGACAACGAAGGCGGCAAGAAGGCCAAUAAGAAAGACAAAGGUGGAGGUCGCGGUGGCGGUGACGCAGAGAAGAAGCCCGACCAGCCUGAGAAGGAGACAGGCAAGAGCAAGGAGCACAAACACCCAUCAAAAGCAGGCAGCGCGGUAAGUCGUCGCAGCACUCGCAGCCAUCGCAGCGAGGCCAAGUUCACGAUGCGGGAGUGGAUGACGCUUCAAGAGGAUGAGAUCUUCAGCUUUGGAGAGUUGCAGCUCUUGACGGAGCUUAUCAAUAAGGAGCCUGGACGCAGUUGGUUGAGUGUUGCGAGCGCGUUCCAUGAUAAGACGGGGAGGAGGGUGCAUCCGGAGGAUAUUAGGGAGAAAUUUGAUGAGAUGGCGAGGAUGGGGUGA